AUGCCAAAUGAGGGAGAUGAAGCCACGGAAGCAAACGGCCAUCAAACAUUCUGCGCGUACACCAAUGCGGAUUACAACAACGGUCGCGGAGUCAGCUUCGUAGUUACGCCAGAGGUCGCAGCUAGUGUCACGAUGGAGACAUUUGGUAUGAGUAUCGGUGGUAUGGAGGGCGUGGUGGGUGAAGAGAUGGGUAUGUGGGAGGUUAAGUACGCGGGCGAGAAGGGAAAAGGGUUGUUCGCGAAGAAAGACAUUGCUGGAAUAUUGCCGGGUGAGAGUUUGAUUGUGCAGACACCAGUGCUGUUUGUCGCUAGACAGCUGCCAGAAACAGAGGAAAGGCCACAGCACGUGUUGAAGCAGGCAGUCGAGCAGUUGCCAACGAAAACUAGAGAGAUGGUCAAGAAAUUAGAUGUCAAUGUGGAUGGCACUGUCGAGGAUAUUGUCUUGACGAACGGCAUUAGAGUGAAGUGGCCGUGGGUCGACGAGGUUCCAGAGCUGUUAGCAGUUAUUCCGGAGGCUGCUCGUAUCAACCACGCAUGCCGGCCAAACACCUUAUGGCGCUUCGACGAUUACACACUCUCAUUCGAAGUCUUUGCGCUCAGAGACAUCAAGCCCGGUGAAGAGAUCACACGAAGUUAUGGCUACGAAAGACGUCCUCGCCGGCGCCGUGUCAAGACUCUGAUGGCCAACUUUGGUUUCCAAUGCGCCUGUCCUCUAUGCACCGGAGAUGAUGACGCAGUAAUGGCAUCCAACGACCGCCUCUCUGAGAUCAAAGCCCUGAAAUCCGUUUUGCCCACAGACGAAAAAGACUCACCGCAGCUCCUCGGCCUCCUUCCCAAGCUCAUUGAGCAGCUGGAAGAAGAGGAGCUCUUGGUUGAGCUACCGCAGUACGAAGAGAUUCUAGCAUAUACGUGGAGUAGUUUUGGUAUCGAAGAUCGGGCGAAGUAUUGGGCAGAAAGGGCACAGAAGCAUUGGGCUGUUGUGGCGGGCAAGGAGAGUUGGGAGCAGAGAAGGUGCGGGGAGUUGGCGGAGAAUGUCAAGGGACAUAGUACUUGGAUGACUUGGGAGGGAGAUCCUUGGGAGGGUGUUGGGGAGGGUCAUCCAUGGGACGAGAAGGAGGGGGAGGGGCACGAGCAUGGACAUGAGCACUAA